GUUGUCUGUCACCAAUAAUUAUUACCAAUGCCAAUAUUGCCAUUUCCAUUUCCAAUUCCAAAGCUAUAAAACAAAAAUCGUUAUCGUAGUUUGUGAAAUUUUGUGCUCGCGAGUAGUUGAUAAUAUAUUAUAUAAUAUAUUCUUUCAUCAUUAGAUAACAAACUAAGGAUCCUAGGUCUUCUAGUCAGUCCUGCUUGCUAAGCUAUAUUACACAGGUUACCUACUCCAUACUCCGCCUACAACUUUAUUAGGGUAAAACUUACUUAAUUUUUUGAACCAGCAUUCUGUGCAUCUGCAUCUCUUACUACUAAAAUGGUUGAUGAUAUGAAGAAGUUCUUAAAUUCUUUGCUAACAAAAGUUGAUGGCUUAUACAGUGUGGUGGUAACGGAUCGAGAUGGAGUCCCCAUUUUGAAAGCCUCUACUGACAAAGCACCAGAAUCUGCCUUGCGACCGAAUUUUCUGUCAACAUUUGGAAUGGCGACUGACCAAGGAAGCAAGCUUGGAUUGGGCAAAAAUAAUGCGGUCAUCUGCUUAUACACUAAUUAUCAGGUUGUUCAAAUGAAUGAUUUGCCUCUGAUUGUAAGUUUCAUCGCCAGUCAUGACUGCAACACAGGACACAUCCUCAGUCAGAAGCAAACACUUCAUCAGAUGCUUCAGUCACUGAAAGGUUCAGUCGUUGAACCCUAGUCAUUCACUUUGCUUAACAUAUGCUGUGUCCACAGAGAAGUAAUGUACAGAGUAAACAUGCCUAUGAGAUGACAGUGCGUUUUCAGCUCUAUGUUGUGCGGGAAAUAUACUUGAACCAGAACAGCAAGCAUUGUGCGGAAAUUCCUAUCGCACAGGGCAAAUGUUCUUCCUCCAACUUAAGCAUUGUAGUAGAUGAGGGCAAGAGGGGCAGUGUUGGACUAUGCCCUAGACACCAGCGACUAUAGCUAGAUACCACCUGAGUUUAUUAUUGAAUGUUUCCUCUGUACCUUACUUCUCUGGGCUUUGUCUCAAAUAUUUUCAUGUAUAUAUUUUAUGUUUAUCCCCAUGUAAAUAUUCAGCUAAUUUUUUAAUGGAAACUUUAUUAAAAUGCCUUUAUUAUUAUCA